CAGACCCCCCGCCCACUCCAGUACCAAUGGACCGCGUCGUGGACUUUGUGGAGCACCUGCAGCCGUACACGGAGCUUGCCACUCCUUUGGACUUCAGUUUCCUCCAUGCAAAAGUGGACGAGCUGUCCGUGUCGCUCGGUCUGGGCAGCGACCAGCUCUGCUACGUCCUCUGCCUAUUCGCUGCGUAUCCGCUGGCUGUUGUGUACAAACUGCUACCCGGUGCCAGCCUCAAGCACGUGUUUGAUGUGGUGCUAGGUGUGAGCAUCGCUCAGUUCGUGCUGGGCUCCGGCUGGGUGCACUCGUUCAUCUCGAGCUUCCUGACGUACCUGAUCGUUAAGUUCGGGCCAUCCAAGCACGCGCCAGGCAUCGUGUUCCUCUUCAACAUGCUAUACAUGUCAGCGUCACACAUCUACCGUUUGUAUGUGGACUACAUGGGUUGGACGCUGGACUUCACCGGCCCGCAGAUGCUGCUGGUCAUCAAGCUCACCAGCUUCGCCUACAACUACUACGACGGCGUGGUGGACAAGACGUUUGAGAAGAAAGGUGCCGAGAUGUCCCCCGGCAUAAAGAAAGUGUACGAAGGACGUCAGAAGCUCGCUAUCCAGGAGAUCCCGUCUCUGCUCGAGUUCUUCGGCUACGUGUACAGCUUCACCACCUUCCUGGCCGGCCCGGCGUUCGAGAUCCGCGAGUAUUUGGACGUGACGAGCGGCAAAAAGUUCCUUAUGGACGGCAAGAACAAAGAGCCGUCGAGUGUGCUCGCUGCGUUCUCUAAAUUCCUGGUGGGAUCGCUGUUGAUGGCUGCGUUCGCUGUGUAUGGCCCCAUGUACCCGCUGUCGAACCUGCACGACCCCAAGAUCGCUGCGCAGCCGUUGCUGUACCAGAUCCGCGACCUGUACAUCGCGCUGAUCUUCUGCAAGGCCAAGUAUUACUCCGCCUGGAAGAUUGCCGAGGGCGCCACCGUGCUGUGUGGCUUCGGAUUCGAGGGCUUCAACAAGGACGGAACCAGUCGCGGCUGGAACGGUGUGAGCAACAUGGACAUCUUGGGCUUUGAGUUCUCGCAGAGCAUCCGUGCGGCCUCGCGAGCCUGGAACAAGGGGACGCAGAACUGGCUGGAACGCUACGUGUACACGCGCACGGGCAACUCGCUGAUGGCCACGUACUUCAUCUCAGCCUUCUGGCACGGAUUCUACCCGGGCUACUACAUUUUCUUCAUGAGUCUGCCGCUGGCUACGGCGGUGAACCGUUUGGCUUUCAAGCGUCUUCGUCCACGUUUCAUCGAGGCCGACGGAUCGUUCGGAGCCAAGAAGAAAAUUUACGACGUGCUCAGCUACUUGUUGACGCUCUUCGCUAUGCACUACUUCGUCAUGCCGUUCCAGGUACUUAAUAAGUAUUUGUGA